GGCCAGCGGGGGACAGGGUGGAAAGGCACCGGAGAAGAGCCUCACUGGACCCUACCCGCGGCUACAGGGCGGCCACUAACGCAAGAGACGCCAGUCCCGGAAGUCCAGCCUUCUGAGUCCCUCCCGGAACCUGUGUCCCCGGAACUAAAGGCCGACGUUCCUGUCGUGACCACGGAACGCGUCUCUCUGGGCGCUUCCGGUGAGGGAAGAUGGCUGCGGCCAUUCAGGACACACGUGCGAGCGCGGGGAAGAAGCAGAAGAAUUCCCUGAAGAAAAAGAAGAUGAAAGUAGUAGCCAGGGUUGUAACAUCGGAGGUGGAAGAUAAGGACAGAGACGCUGCCGCCACUGGAGGUUCUGUAGGAAACUAUGGAUCGGAAAAGGAUCACUUUUCUUCUGAUGAUGAAGCAAUAGAAGCUGACAAUGAGGAUGAAGUUGAACCUUGUGAUGAUGACAGUGAAAAUGCUGCAAAAUCCAGUGCUGGAGCUAAUGCUGGCUGGGCAGAUGCCAUGGCUAAAAUUCUUAACAAAAAGACUCCUAAAAGUAAACCCGCCAUUCUGGUCAAAAACAAAGAGCUGGAAAAGGAAAAAGAGAAGUUAAAGCAGGAGAGACUAGAGAAGAGAGCACAGCUUGAUAAGAAGCGGGAAUGGGAAAUGAUGUGCAGAGUGAAGCCAGAUGUUGUCAGAGACAAAGAAACUGAGAGAAAUCUUCAGAGAAUUGCAACAAGAGGAGUGGUGCAGUUAUUCAACGCUGUCCAGAAGCAUCAAAAGAACGUGGAUGAGAAGGUGAAGGCAGCCGGGGGCUCUGUGAGAAAGCGCGCUAAGUUGAUAUCAACUGUUUCCAAGAAAGAUUUCAUCAGUGUUCUGAGAGGGAUGGAUGGUGAGAAAAGUUCACCUGGGAAAAACCCAAAAGCCAAGCAGAGUGCGGUGGAGGCAGAAGAGGGUCCAGGAUGGACCAUCCUCCGAGAUGACUUCAUGAUGGGAGCAUCCAUGAAGGACUGGGACAAGGAAAGUGAUGGGCCAGACCACAGCUGACCGGGACCUGCCAGCCAGCUGGACGUGUGAUGACAGUGGUUUAGUUUUUUGUAGAAAAAAAUACUUCACGCUCCGAAAGCAGGGACGUUAUAAGGACACCAUUUGUUAGACAGCUAAAGACUUUUACUGUUACCAGCUUUCAUGUUUCCCUAUUUUCACAUAAACUCUGUUAAAUUUGUAUUUUCAAACUUUGUAUAGUUUAAGCAUCAUUCAUCAAAACAGUUGUAAAAAGCAUCAUUUCUGUGCUGGGCCAGUGAGAUGACACGCUACCAGGCCGCUAGCGACAGGCGUACGGGGAGGUCAUGGACAGGGGUGCUUGGUUUGGUGUCACCUGUGUUUCUGGAAUGCAGUUCUGGUUCAUAGUGAGAAUGAACUCAACCUUAGUAUGUUUCAUUUUGGAGCUGCUGCCCGAGGUGUGUGUAGUUUUUGAUGGGGCAUGAGUUGGUUGUUUUGGGGAACUGUUAAGAAAAAGCUAUGUAGUAAAAUUUUAAACUAUUGUGUUUGUGAUUUUGGAUUCAUUAUUUCCUUUUUUAUGCUAAGUAAUAUGUUAGUUUAUCUGUAGAUAAAGUCUUAGAUGUAUUUAAGUUUAGAUUAUGUUAGCAUGAGAGAUUUACUGAGGUGGAAAUUCUCAUGUUUAACUUCCACGUGAGGCAUGGUUUCUUAGGAAGUGACUUGACAAGUGUUAGUGCCUUUCCCCCCAGUAGCUGAGUCAGCUUAACUUUCCCGUGCAGACAGGUGGUGAUGCGGUGGAGGGGUACAGCAGGAGUGGGCAGCAGAGUGCCGCUCUGUGGGGAGCUUGAUGUCCUCACGUUGGGUUUGAGAUUUUCCAGUUGGAUGAUUUUUGGUAUAUAGCUGUUAAACAAAAGAGAAGAGGAAGUAAUUUAGUAUCAUCCUAAAAUGUCUAUGAAACUGGACCUCCUUUCCGAAGCUUAUAAGAGAAUGCUUUAAGUCGUGGGAUCUUCCCCUUCCUCCUCUCUCCAGCUUGCUAGGGUAAGAACGCGCCCUCCCAGUGCCCACUCACACACACUUGCAUCUGCUAUGUGUGGCCAGGUGGCCCUCUUCCCCAGCCCUGUGCUAGCAGAGCUGUUUAUGCCUUCAAAUCUAUUUGGGUGUUACCAGUCCUGUGUACCGGAAGUUGAGUUAGUCCGUGGCCUGGUUUUUGUGACCAUAAAGGAAGGUCCCCUUCUGAGUUACCAAGUGGUCACGCCAGCAGAACUUAAAAUGCGUGUUUGUAUUGACCCCAACUUUUGAGUCUUAUUGAAUUAUGCAACUGCCAUUCUUUUGGUGUAAUAUAAACAAACAUGAGCAGGUUCCUCAGUGAUAUGGGAGUGCUGGAUACCUGGGUGUAAUUUAAUACAGAUAUUUCUAUGAAAGCCAGCGUGUAGAUAAUUUUGGAAAGAAUUAUUUGUACCACUAAAAAUAUUGUUUUCCUCCCCCAAAUUAAAGAUGAUACUCUAUGUUUUGCUAUGAAUCUAUGUCUGGAUCAUACUAUAACUUUAAUAGAAUUCCUCUGAAUAGCACAUCUGGGUGGUAGGAGUGGGUGAAUCACUUCUCACUUAUGAAAAGUUGUUUUAAAACAUAUUCAUUGUGUAACCAUUGGUUUAAACAUUUAGAAAAAUUGAAUAUUUUCAAAAUGAAAGAGGAGAAUGUUUAAACACAUUCUCUUUCAGAAAUUACUAUAUUGCAAAAUAAUAUUUGAAUUGCCACUACAAGAAAAAAUAUGACUGAUGUUUGAUGACUGUGUAGGUAUAAUACACAUUGUAUGAAGUAGUUUUUACCAUACAGCUGUGAUUAGUUUGUAGUAUUUCUGCAUCCUAGUUAUAUGAGUUUUAAGCAAAAUACCACCACUUCUAAAUAAGCAACUAAAGAUGAGCACGUAAUUGCAGACUAAAUGACUCUCUUCAAAUGAACAUUUAAAUAAUGUAGCUCUUUCACCUCUACCCUAAGUAUUUUACCUACAUUUAAAUUCUCUAACAUCAAUCAGAAGAAUAAUUUCAUCAUCCUACAUUGUCUUUGAGAUAAAAAAGAAUUGCAACCCCUAUUUGUCUGAACAUAACAUUGUCAGGGUUUUAUUUUUGGUGACUACUUCAAGUAACAGACUAGUGAAGAGGCUACUUUUUUUUUUUAGAAGCUCAGGGCAGUAGCUAAUAGGUGCAGUUCCUGGCACUGUUCCCUGCCCUGGCUGGGCAGACGCUGAGUGUUGAGCACUAAGUCAAAGUCAAAGAUGCCACCGUUUUGGACUGGAAAUAACUUAGGGACAUCUUGGUUGGUGAGCUUACCACUUCACGUGUAGCUGGAACACAAAUUGGUUAUGGAGAAUUCUGCAGAGGUCAAGGCUGAUUCAUUGGAAAUCACUCCUUGGAAACCCCGUGGAUGGAAUAGUUUGAGGCUCAUUUUCAGGACAUAGAAUGUUAAGACUCGCUAAGAGGCGCUGGGAGGUUUUUCUGGGGUUAACUUUGAGUUCUUAAAAAUAUUUUGUGUCUUUUGAAACAAGUGGGUGAGAAGAAAAAUUUAAAUCUGGAAAAUCUCUUAGGGCUCUUCAGAGUAGUUUUGCCCAUAAGCAUAUACCUAACUAACAUCACGUGGUCACCGCUGUGCUAUUCUUGACACCAGUACUGGUCUCAAGCACUUCAUUUAAAAGCUCUUUCCCCCUAUUUUAUAGACCCCUGAGCUGUCCAGGUUACAGUAAGCCUGAAGGCUGAAUUGUGAACUGAAAUAGGGACUAAAUGAAGACAAACUGUUAAAGGACUCAUUAGAUUUAAGAAAAUCAUUGUCAAGGAAUCCUUGAAGAACAAAUAUUUCUAUAAAAGAGAUGAAAUCAAUAAGUUGGCACUUAACACAACGUUUGAAUAACUUCUUCCUUCUCUCUGUAUUCAGUUAUUUUGUUAUUAGAGGUUUUUGGUAAUACUACGUAUGGGGGAGGAAGCAUGUGUGUGUUCUCAUCGUCCAGGAGGGUGGGAAACCAAGCUGCCCCGCUGCGGCGGCUGCUUUCCUGCUGUGUACACGGCAGGACCCUGUGUACACGGGUGACCCUGCCCUCCAGUGGCCAACCCUACAAGCCACUGGACCCGUUCCCCAGAGCCCCACCCUCAGGACCUUACCUCACAAAGCGUUUACCUCUAAAUUACUCUCACUUUGAGAUUUAGGACUCCCAAAUAUGAUUUGGAAAGACAUACUCAUUCAGUCUACAGCAGCAUAUGAAAAUAGCAAAUAGUACAUUUCUAGCUUAGGUUAGAGCAACGUCAGCCACCAUUGUUUCUUAACUUUGUUAACAGACUUAUGUAGAAAGUAAAUCAUUUUCCUAUUGUUAAUAAAGCACCCGUUGAAGAGCCUGUUAGAAUCAUUUGAGUAAUGAUACUGCUUAUGACCAAAAAAUAAAAAAAAUCAUUUUCCUCCUGUAAAGACCAGAAUGUUGUAUCUCCUCUUCCUUUUUCAGUUUCUGCAGUAAGAUCUCAUGGUAUGAUUUGAAUAGUGUGGCAAUUUGGUUUAACAAAUUUGAAAUAAUUUGAAAUAAAUCAGUUCUGCCAGGACUUAA